UUCCCGUUUGCUAUAGGCUAAAAAGUUCGUUUUAUUUUGUUAAUCCAACACUGUAGUGAUCAAAAAAAUUUUCGCUCAAUAAAAAGUAAAAUAAAGUUAUUUAGUAAAGGGCUGUAAAGUGCUUAUGUAAAGAUUACAAAACCCUUUGAGUCCAUCAUUACUCAACCACCUUUCACGUUUUUCUUUAGAUGAACUUUUGGAGAAAAUGGAAGUGAAACAUUUCCCGCUUGAAAUUCCCUCCAGAUUUAGUUCUGACACUGGAAAUAGGACGAGCGCUUUACAAGAUGCCAUGACAUUAGAUUCAACACGUGGUCUGAGUUUUAGACAUGUGGGACAAAGGGCACCAAAGACCACCCGAGUUGAGUGGUCCCAAAAGGAGGAGAAAGCAAAUAUUUUUACAAACAUGAAUCACCCUGAUGGAUGAAAAGAGCUUUAUCUUAUCUGUGUGUUCGGUUCUAGUCAGCAGAAAUCUUGUGCAAAGAUAAGACAAUGGGAGCAAUGACCUCAUGAUUCCUGCUGCUUCCAAGUCUAAAUUUUCCAUUAUCACUUUUUUCUUUCCUUUUUCAGUUUUAAUUAUAAAUACUUGUGUUCCAAUCAGACCUGUCACCGAUCUCUUGAUUGUUCCCCCCUUCAGGCAGUGAGAGCUCACGCCUCUUAUCAUGAGAUGAAUGUGUGCUUCAGUCACUAAAGUGAUGAGGACUUUUUUGGAUGGAGAAGUAGCAGCAGCUGACUGGUUUUCAGAGGAUUCCCACUUCCUAAACACGGAAAGCUGAAUUUAUUCGCUCUGUUUUGACUAUAUCGCUGGUCACUCAGUGGACACAAACGGAGCGGAGAGUGAAAUGUUUUUGUGUGCAUCUUCUGCGAGGUUCUGGUCAGCUUUCUGCAUGCAGGGAAUGACGACUCAUUUUAAGACGAGCAAAGCUUUAAAGGUGAAAAAGGAGGCGGGCGAGAAUGCCCCCGUGCUCAGCGACGAUGAGCUGGUGGCCAUGUCUGUGCGCGAGCUCAACCAGCAUCUGCGUGGGCUGACGAAGGAGGACGUUGUGCGGUUGAAGCAGCGGCGGCGGACCCUCAAGAACCGUGGCUACGCCGCCAGCUGUCGCAUCAAACGCGUCACCCAGAAGGAGGAACUGGAGAGGCAGAAGAUAGAGCUCCAGCAGGAGGUGGAAAAGCUGGCCCGCGAGAAUGCCAGCAUGAGGCUGGAGCUGGACGCGCUGCGGGCCAAGUACGAGGCCCUGCAGUGUUUCGCCAGAACUGUGACCCGGGGGCCAAUGUCACCGGGGAAGGUGGCCACCACCAGCGUCAUCACCAUCGUCAAGUCCACCAACCACAACAACGCCAGUCCAACCCCAUUCUACGCUCCGUCCUAGUCACAAGAUCGGGCUCCUGCUGCCUCUGCCUGGAUCUUCUGGGUUCUGACUUGAACCCACUCAGCUAGUUCUGAGAAGAGGCCUGGUAGUUUCCCCAAACUUGGGGUGGUGGGUGGAGCUUUGUCUGACAUUAUGCUGCAAACAGUUCACCUUCUCAAAUAAGAUCUGUGCAUUAUCACGCCCCUUCAAUUCCCCGGCACUGGCAGGAUAUGGAGCCUCGCUGACCCAAUCUCCGUGACUUUUACUUCAGUGUGAAGGGUCCAACAAGCCUUACGGGGCAGCGCCUGGCCCAGAACCUAGACCCCAAAGCAGAAUGUGUAAUCAAGAACUCACCAAAUUACAUUUAUGUAUGAAUUAAGCCUUAUAAGAUGCUGUCUUGAAUAGAUCUGCAAUUUGUCUACACUUUAAGUGCAUCUUAAUACAGUUUAAUGUCUAGUUUCGAGGCAUCUGUUUGUCACAGAGGCCAGAACAGUGUGGUUCAGCUGGAUUUGUUGCCUUAUCGACUCGCGUUGGUGCCUCCGAUGCUGCAUUUGGAAAGAAAAAGUUCUUGGCAAAUGGUUUUAGUCUUUAGGAAAGCCUCAGAAUGACAGAGCUCUAUGCUGCUGAUGCUCUAAUCUAAUCCAAAUGAACCACUGAGUGUGAAAAGCUUCAAAGGAUUUCACUUCUCAAUUUUGGGAUUUUGCGCCUCAUUUUCUUUGAACCUGCAGAAUGAACAGCGUUAGCUGGAAAUCAGUUCAUCAACUGUUGCAUUUAAUGCUUUUGAACAUAAUUGCAAGGGGGGUCCAUGUAAAACAGGAGAGUGGCUCUGCAGCUCCUCCCAAAUCUUUUUGGAGUUUGUGGUUAGUAGCACUUAGAACUGUAAAGUUACAGUAUAAAGUCAUAUGGAGGUGGUUGAUUCUGAUGAUAAGUUGUGGUCUGACCCUUAACUGUAGGUCGAGUUGAAUGUAAUUCUGGAUGGUCAACUGACACGUAUGUUGCAGCACUUACUUGGAGAGGUGUGGCGGGUCAUCCAUAUUGGAUGUGGUGAUACGAAGAGCAGUCUUUUUGAGCGUGUUCCGGUUCAACGUACUUCCUGUAUAUUACAGAUUUAAAAAUGACGACGCUUCUCCCUUGGCUUCCCUUUUUCUGUUGCUCAACUCCGUCCAAACAGAGAUCAUUCCGUCUGCCGGGUCACGGGAAGCGCCGCUGUCGCCGGGGUUGGGAAUUCACCACCCGCUUGCUUUUGACUCACUCUUCUACAAGAGAACUCCUGACACUUAUCUCUAGAAAACGAGGUGUCACAAAAAACAAAACAAAAAAACAAACAAUCGCAGUAACUGACUUGUAAUAUUUAAGUGUGAUACAAACUUGAAAUCAAGCUGUUCUUCCAAACGAUCCAUUCCCAAUUUGGAGCGAAGUAAACAGAGAUUGUUCAUGUCGGGAUCUUCUCUUGGUUAGGAGGACAUGACUGUUCUUUCAUUGUUCCUCUGCUGUAAAGAACAGUUUGGGGAACUUUGCUGCUGUACAACCUGCUGUGAUUUUGUUUUUUCUCGUUAGCAGGGGGGCAUUGCUGUGUUUUUACUCCUAUUUUUUUUCCCCUUUUAAUUUUCACCUGGUUUUUGUUACUAUUUCUGAUAGUUUUAUACAGUAUGCAUACACAGUAUAUGAAAUAUAUAUAUAUAUAUAUAUAAAUGUAUAUGACAUAUUUUUCUAUAUUUAAGUCUUGUACUAUCCAUGGAGUGGUGUGAUUAUGUAAUCAGCCUGUUUUGUUUCAACUUUUCAAGGAAAAAAAAAGAUUCUCACAACAUUGGUUCCCUGCAAGUAUUGAAAUGGUAUUUGGUAUAUUUUGACAAGAGCAUUUAAAAUGGAUUUCAGCUGCAAACGGCCUCCAUUGUGCUUCUAAUGUAAACCUAGUUCAUUAUCUUGUGAAAGUGUACCUGAAAAACUUUUUUUGACAGUGUCAAAGAUGACGGUAAUGCUUCAGCACUUGUUACCUGAAAAAAUGUUUCAACGCAGCUCCACAUGCCCUCCUAAUGUGAAGGUCUGUUUUUAAUCCUGAGGAAAAUGACAUCUAUUUAUGGGUUCAUUUAAGUGUUUUUCUUUUCUUUCUGGGCAACUUGACAGCCUUUUCAAAGCGUAACCGUGACCUCUUGUGGUUAACAUCGAAAUAGCAACAAUGUAGAAUGAGUGUAAGCACUUAGCUGGAUAAAAUGCUUACCGGUAAAUGUUAAACGAUUCUGCUGUGCCAAAUUAAAGACAAACCUUUCUCUGGGUGAUUUUGGUUAAGUGCCACCAAACAUGUUGUCUUUUACGCCGACUUUUUGAAUCGUAUAAAAACAGGAAUAACACAUGAACAUUUUCUGUUUACUAAACUGCAGACGACUUUUUUUAAUCUUUACAGAUAAUAAAGCUUUUAUAUGCGAGGAGCUUAAGUGGACUUUCUUUAAUUUGAUCAGAAACCACAGAAAUACUAAUAAACAUGAAGAAAUGCUCCCUGGCAUAUUGUGAAGUUUAUAAAGUUUUUGUUCCCAAAAAAAAAUAAA